AUGUCAGACCCUGCUGACUACACUAUUGGGUGGAUCAGCGCCUUUCACGAGUACGUUGCUGCACAGGUAUUUCUCGAUGAUAGACACGAAAGGCCGAAGCAGCUUCAGCCCAACGACGAAAAUCAUCAUGUGCUGGGGACGAUUAAAGACCACAAGGUUGCCAUGGCCGUUUUGCCCGCCGGGCAGCACGCCGUGGUAUCCGCGUCGCUGGCGGCGACACACAGGUGGCAGACGUUCCCCAAUUUAAGAGCGUGCCUCAUAGUUAGCAUCGGUCGCGGCGUAUCGAGCGAUAGAUACGAUAUACGCCUGGGCGAUGUUGUCGUCAAACCUGGAGCAAGAUGCAUGGCAAUCAAGGUGGAGUUGACUAUGGCAAAACGAUUCGAGAGAAGUGUUUCCAAAGCGCAAGAGAGACUGCGCGCGGAAUAUGAAAUACAUGGAAACCAGAUCAAUGUGUCUGUUUGCACCAUACUUGAAAAGCACCCAAGGCUGCAAGUAAAGUACUGCCGACCGGAUCCAGACACAGAUAGACUUGGUUCAUCUUCACUGGUUAACCGACCUAACGGACUGAACAAGAUGGAGUGGAAAGGCUAUGUAGCCAUGGCAGCUUCUGCCUAUGCCAAAGAUAUUCUACCUGAGCUUGUUGCAGCACAGGUAGAGGCUGAGAAGAAGAUUGUAGAUAUUAUAUCUGGCAGCCAUGGAUUUACAAUAGAGGGCCUGGAAGCUGCACAGGAGCAUCUCCAGAUUCAGAAAAACCUAGUCAAGGAGACACUGCCUGAAACAGAGCGAAAGUGUCACCAACUGUUCCGCCUCACAACUACCGGCAGUGACGUCACGUAUGAGUGGUAUAAGGAUCGAGCGCACAUGCCAAUGGUUUCUCAGACAUGA